UACUUCCGCCGAGGAAGAAGCCGAAAGAGAACAAACACAAACCGCCAGUGUUUGAUUUAUUUUCUUGCGUAAUUUCAGCUCUAUUUGGUCUUUUAUCACAGAGCGUCUACAAAAGGACACCAUGCCCGUUAUUUGUGCGGCGAUAGGGUGCAACAAUAAAUUUGUAAAAGGGUCGGAAAUAAGAUUUUACCGGUUCCCACUCAGUAAACCUCAACUUGCCAGCAAAUGGGUACACAGCCUGGGGAUGAAAAACUUCAUCCCCACUGCCAACACCUGCCUCUGCUCGGAGCACUUCAGGACCGACUGCUUCAGGGACUACAACGGCAAACAGUUUCUGAGGGAGGACGCGGUGCCCACCAUAUUCACCCAUGGGCAGGAUUCUUCAAAGAUUGAACUGCGAAAGAGAGGAGUGAUACCUAAGGAGACAAACGUCCCAACUCCAAUAGGAACACAAGCGGACAAAGACAGAGUGAGAGAAGCCGCCAAUCUACGCAGAGACAAAAGAGGAGGACUGAGGGGUGGACGAGGCGGCCGUGGAGGAAAACAACUGACUGACAGGCAGACGUUGGGGGCCAAAAGCAGAGUGUACGACAACAAAGGCCGGCUGCUCUCCAACGGCAACGACAUGUGCGACUGUCUGGAUGUGGACUGUAUGGGCUGCUUCUACCCUUGCCCCGAGUGCUGCUCGCGCAAGUGCGGCGUGGAGUGCCGCUGCGACAGGAAGUGGCUUUACGAGCAGGUGGAGGUGGAAGGCGGAGAGAUCAUCCGCAAUAAGUUUGCUAUUUAGUUAGCAGUGACUCUUCGGCUUUAAAUGUUAAAUCAUGGAAUCACGGGGCUUCUGGGAAUCCAGCUCCUGAAUCCAGCUCCUGAAUCCAGCUCCUGGAUCCAGCUCCUGGAUCCAGUUCCUGGAUCCAGCUCCUGAAUCCAGCUCCUGAAUCCAGCUCCUGGAUCCAGCUCCUGGAUCCAGUUCCUGGAUCCAGUUCCUGGAUCCAGCUCCUGGAUCCAGCUCCUGGAUCCAGCUCCUGGAUCCAGCUCCUGGAUCCAGCUCCUGGAUCCAGCUCCUGAAUCCAGCUCCUGGAUCCAGCUCCUGGAUCCAGCUCCUGAAUCCAGCUCCGAGCCCAGCUGCUGAUGGAUCGUUCAAGAACACGAUGAUGUUUAAAAGAAUCUUCCACAAUAUUAAUUAAUAACAGUUUCUGCAGAGCUUCUGCCCGUGGUAGAAACUCUGCAGAACAAAGUAUGGAUGUGCAUUUUGUUGUUUCUUUUUAUUUCUCUCUUUUGUGUUUUACAUGAAGAACAUUUGUUUGUUGCAGCUUGUGUUAAUAAAGCUUUUUCUUAAUAUUU